AGUAGAUUUUGGCUUUGAAAUGUUGCAGUAUGUUGCAAGACAAACAGUAUAUUAUCAAUGUAAAGCAACGGACUACCAGCAUAUGCAAUUCGGUGUUUGGACCAUUCAGUGAAAAUAAGAAAGAUCAUUGAUUUCACUCUUGUCUUUUGGAAAUCUUGUCAAGCUAUAUUCAAACAUGAAGAAGAUGAUACUUUCUUCCUUGUUAGGUUCGACGAUAAUGGUUGUUCUGACAACAACACAGUCAAAUGCAGCUUUAGUUAACCUUGCCCUUGGGAAACCAGCCAGUCAGUCAAGUGUUCAUCAAGAUGUAUGGUUUGCUGAGAAAGGGAAUGAUGGUAAUGCUGAUGGUAACGUACAUCACAAUCAUUGUUUCCAUACAGGUUUAAAUAUGAAUCCCUGGUGGCAAGUCGAUCUACAGGAAAUAUAUUACAUAAGUCAAGUUAACAUUACAAACAGGAAGGAUAACUACGCCAGUGCAAGAACACAGAAUGUUGAAAUCUCUGUAGCAAGUAAAAAUCCUGGUAACUGGAAGAUGGCAGCCUAUAUGGGAGGUCGAAUGGGCCUUUUCGCAUCUUUCACAUUUGUUCCAGUGAAAGCUCGUUACGUCAGAGUAACUUUAAGGAACAAACAAACAUAUUUUCAUUUAUGUGAAGUGGAAGUCUUUGGACAAAGUGUGCCUGCCGAUGAGUGUGAUGUUACGCCAUGUUUGAACGGCGGCGUGUGUACAAAUGGGAACAUUAAAUACGAAUGUACAUGUGCGCCUGAAUUUAAAGGAAAGAACUGUGAACAAACUUUCGUGAAUAUUGCCCUUGGGAAACCAGCCAGUCAGUCAAGCGUUUAUAAUACAACAUGGACUGCUAACAAAGGGAAUGAUGGUAAUGCUGAUAGUACAAUUACUAACAACCAUUGUUUCCAUACUAAGAACAAUACAAGUCCAUGGUGGGAAGUCGAUCUUCAGGCUGUAUAUACCAUAAGUCAAGUUAACAUCACAAACAGUGACACUGACUCUGAAAGAGCGCAGAACGUUGAAAUCUCAGUAGCACAAGAAAAUCCUGGUGAUUGGUAUAAGGUGGCGUAUAAGAGAGGCGAAAUGGGUAUUUUCAGGUCUUUUGAGUUUAAACCAGUGAAAGCUCGUUAUGUCAGGGUAACUUUACGGAAGAAAGAAACAAUGUUUCAUCUGUGUGAAGUGGAGGUUUAUGGAUACAAAUAUGUUGUUGACAUACAAAAAUGAUAAGAACGAACGACAGCAAGAAAUGAGAGACGAGAAGGAAACAAAUGUAAAAUGAUAAUUUCUGGCAAGUCUUAUUCAACAAUUAGUUGAAAAUAAAAAUGAAAAAAAAU